AUGGUAAGGCUCCACCACGGGCACCCUGCGUGGCACCCACGCGUCUGGGCUGUGAACGAGACCAGUGGCCAUCUUCCGACAAACAGAGUACUGGAAAAGUAUUAUCUCUCCACCAUGUACAGCCUUGAGUUCAUUAUAGGUGCCCUUGGAAACAUCAUCGUGGUGUUUGGCUAUGUUUUCUGCCUGAAAAAAUGGAAAAGCGGCAACGUCUACCUGUUCAAUUUAUCCAUAUCGGAUUUGCUAUUUCUGUGCACUCUGCCAAAUCUGGUGAACAGCUACUCCAAAGAUCAGUGGGCAGAGAGCACCCUGUGCCACAGCAACAGAUUCCUGCUGCACGCCAACCUGUACAGCAGCGUCCUGUUCCUCAUGGUCAUCAGCGUUGACCGGUACAUGCUGAUGAAGCACCCCUUCAGGGACCACAUCCUGCAGAAGAGGAGCACGGCUGUGGCGGUGUCUGUGGCCGUGUGGGUCGGGGUGAUCCUGGAGCUGCUGCCCCUGCUGCAUUUCCUGGAGCCCGUCACAGCUGCCAAUAACUACAAGUGCCUCGACUACGCCAGCUCUGGGGACCCCGUGGCGAGCCUCGUCUACAGCAUGUUCCUGACCGUCUUUGGCUUCCUCAUUCCGCUCCUGACCAUGGGCUGCUUCUACGUGAAGAUGGUUUGUUUCCUGCAGAACAGGAGCGAGCAGGUCCGCUCCGCCCUGACCCUGGAGAAGCCCCUGACCCUGGUGAUCCUCACCGUGGUGACCUUCUCCCUGCUCUUCACUCCCUACCACGUCAUGCGCAACGUGCGCAUCGCCUCCCGAAUCCCGGCCCUCAACGUCUCCGGGGGCACGCAGAGAGUCAUCACCACUGCUUACAUCAUCACCAGGCCCUUCGCCUUCCUAAACAGCGCCAUUAAUCCCGUCUUUUAUUUCCUGAUGGGUGACCACUUCAGAGAGAUGCUGAUGGCCAAAACAAGGCAGCUCCUGGGCAGGCUGACAGCCACUGGGAAGUGA